AUGCCAGCCCCGCCGUGCGCCUCCUGCCACCAGGCGCGCGCUGCCCUCCGCCGCCCGCGGUCCGGACAGGCGCUGUGCGGCUCCUGCUUCUGCACCGCCUUCGAGGCCGAGGUGCUGCACACGGUGCAGGCCGGCCGCCUGCUGCCCCCCGGGGCCGUGGUGGCCGUGGGCGCCUCGGGAGGCAAGGACUCCACGGUGCUGGCGCACGUGCUGCGGGAGCUGGCGCCGCGCCUGCGCAUCACGCUGCAGCUGGUGGCCGUGGACGAGGGCAUCAGCGGCUACAGGGACGCGGCGCUGGCGGCCGUGCGGCGGCAGGCGGCGCGCUGGGAGCUCCCGCUCACCGUCGUGGCCUACGAGGACCUCUUCGGGGGCUGGACGAUGGACAGCGUGGCGCGCAGCACCGCCGGCUCGGGCCGCAGCCGCGCCUGCUGCACCUUCUGCGGGGUCCUGCGGCGCCGGGCGCUGGAGGAAGGCGCGCGCCGCGUGGGGGCCACACACAUCGUGACCGGCCACAAUGCCGACGACGUGGCGGAGACGGUGCUCAUGAACUUCCUGCGCGGUGACACAGGGCGGCUGGCACGCUGCGGGGGCCUGGGCUCGGCUGGCGAGGGGGGCGCACUGCCCCGCUGCAGACCCCUGCAGCUGGCCUCGCAGAAGGAGGUGGUGCUGUACGCGCACUUCCGCCGCCUGGACUACUUCUCCGAGGAGUGUGUGUACGCGCCCGAGGCUUUCCGAGGCUAUGCUCGCGACCUGCUCAAGCAGCUGGAGGUGGUGCGGCCAUCGGUGGUGCUGGACCUCGUGCACUCGGCCGAGCACCUGGCCCUGGCCCCAACUGCGCAGCCCGCACCCCCGGGCGCCUGCACCCGCUGCGGGGCACUGGCCAGCCGCACGCUCUGCCAGGUCUGCACGCUGCUCGAUGGACUGGACCGUGGCCGGCCGCGCCUGGCCAUCGGCAAGGGACGCAGGGGGCUGGACGAAGCGCCGCUGCAGACUAGGGCCGGCCCUGCUCUGUCCAAGGCCCUUCCUGCCUUCUAGCCUCU